AUGCCUGAAUCAAAACGUCCCUUGUCAGUGCCGCCGGUACCGCAGCCCAAUGGCACAAAAGCAAAAGAUGUUCCGACUAUCGUCCAAGUCUCCAGGCCAUUCAUGACACACGCAGAGUUAUCUCAUCUCCACACACUCACGAUCGCUUCCAACAAGAAAACCACAUAUAAUCAGCAGAAGCACCAGAUAUUCCAAUUUCUAUUCCAAGUUAGUAAGUCUAUCAAGCUCCCGUUGCGUGUUUUAAGUCUUGCUAUGAACUACUACCAGCGCUAUUACCUCUACUACGUCUUUGAAGAUCAUGGAAACAAUCCUACAAAUGAUCCUCUCGUGGAGGCGGAGAAUGACUCAUUCUUGGUUGCCACUACGUGCCUUUUUCUCGCGUCGAAAAAUGAAGACUGUAUCAAGAAACUCAAGGACGUACAAGCAGUCUGCAAUCGGAUAAGAGACUUAGAUGGCGAGUCGCGCAAUUUCUUGAAGGGUGGAGUCUCUUCAUCAAUACCGCUUGCUGAUUUCCAACGGAAGGUGAUUAUGAAUCUCGAGUUUAAGCUCCUACAGGUCAUCAAAUUCGAUUUCACGAGCGGCGCAGGAAAUGUCCCAUCUGUGGACCAAUUGGUAGUCAUCUUCGCAAAACAACUCAAGUUGUCAUACAAACUCACCUUUUUCGCAUGGCUAAUAUCGUUUGAUAUUAUGUCCACUCCUCUACUGCUCACUCUACCUCCUCAUUGUAUUGCCUUGGCUAUACUUAUAGUUACACUCAACUUGCAGCCUACUGACAUCGAGGCCAAGUAUGCUGAUGAGUUUUCUGAGAGUGCAGCAAUAGGUGCAACGCUAGAUAGCAUUGACAGUAUGAAGGACUUCAGAUGUCCGGAAACCUUGGUCAACGAAGGUAUCGUUUACGUUUUGGACUAUUACAUUCAUCAAAUGAACUUCCUGGUUCUCAACGAGUAUAUGCCCCCAGUUAAUGCUGAGAUUGGAAAGGCACAAAUCUUUAAAUUCAUGGAUCUCAAAUCUAAGUUCAAUGAUCUCAGCAUCUUGUCUGAGCAAUCUGUUUCUACAAAUGCACUUCUCAAACAAGACAAAUACUUGAGAAAGUGGGAUACUGGAGUGUGUGUUAAGGGUGCGGCAAGAUUCAUAAUUGGAAACAAAAGACGGCGCUUCGAUGCCGAAUAUGCUAUAUUACGCCCUCAAUAG